AUGCCAGACAUGCACGCUAUCUUCAACUCUGCUUCACAACCUAAACUUGACCUCUCCAAUGCGCCCUCUCAGCUAUUCCAAGUCCCAACCUCCACAGCUUCCACAUCGCUCUAUUCUCUCUCACUCAGUCGCAAGCGACCACGUCGUAACACAGAAAAACUUUCAUCGCAAUUUGAGUGCAAUUUUACCGAGUCCCCGAUGAUCCACCCUAGCUACCGCUCAGUAAGCGUAACCGGAGGCAACGAUUUCCACGCUUCGGCCGAGCUUGAUUACCGUCCAAACCGAUAUCGCGAAUCCUUCCUCCCACCCUCCUUCGAUUCUUGCGACGAGUCAGCAGACCUAUCAGACUACAACGGUAAUCGCAAGCGCAGCCGCCGUGACUCUGACAUCAUAUCCGCAAGCCCUGAUGGCCCCAACAACACAACACCCACAGGCUGGGGCCAAACAGUGAUCAAAGCUGUGAGCAAAGUCCUCGAUCUAUGCUGGACUGGCGCAUUCCGAGGGUUCUACGCAGGAGGAGGACAGGGCUACGACAUGUCAUCCAGCCCAGCAACAACCCUCGAAUCCAGCUGGCUGCCCUCAACCAGCCCAUCCACCGAGAAAGACAUGUACAGCCCCGGCACGUUCUGCUCAACACCUGUACCUGGCCAAUAUCCAGACGACGAGGUCGACCGAAGUUGGGUUGUGGUACCCGAGAGCUCGGAUCCAUUCGUGGGUAGCAGCGAGCUAGCUACUAGCCCGUCACUCCGCACACGACGCACUUUCCAGGCAUCUAGUCCUCGCCGCAAAUCUGCCGUGAUGCCCCGGCUCACUAAACGAGUCGCUUACUCUUCUACCGGAGCCCACUCGCCUACGAAGGGACAGGGGGAUCUGCCAUCCCCUCGGUUGAGGGAUAGUCCUGCCUCUGCUGAUAUACAGCGACAGGCUGCUAAGAUGCGCCGCAAGGAACGAGAAGAAGAUGCCAGUAUCCAACGAUUGAAUAAGCAGCUACAAGCUAUGAUCCGGGAAGGAAAGGAGGCGUUGGGAACGACGGUGGUAGUGGACGAUGUGGACAUGUUUGAUGACUCUGAUUAG